CUCUGUUUCCACUUCCUUCUAAUCACCUUUUGAUACAACCUCCUUUCCGUACCUCCGCGUUUGUCUGAGCUUUGCCAAUGCAUUGAGGGUUCGGCUGUAUCCACAUAGAUCGAUCGAUACUCAGUUCCGGUCAGGAAAAUGGAAUCUACAGUGAAUAUUACGGAAAAUGGCAAUGGCCUAGUCAUUCCUCAAAAUUACAAAAAACUGCACAGACUGAAUGAGGACCAUUUAUAUCAUCUUGCUUUGGACACACAGAAAGAUGACCUCGAAAAAAUGUUUGGCGAUGUUCGAUUUGUAUGCUUUGGAGGACAGCCUUCAAGAAUGGAAAAGUUUUCGGCAUUUGUUGCAGAAGAACUGAAAAUAAAUGAUCACGAAAAGGACGGAGAUAGACCGAAAAACUAUGCCUCCGGGACAGACCGGUAUUCCAUCCAUAAAGUAGGCCCAGUAUUAUCUGUCAGCCAUGGGAUCGGAAUUCCGUCGUUGUCGGUUGUCUUCAAUGAGAUCAUCAAGCUUAUUUAUUACGCCAAAUGUAAGGAUGUGGAGUUCUUCAGGAUUGGUACAUGUGGAGGAGUAGGUUUGGAGCCAGGGUCGGUGGUUGUUACAGAUAAAGCCGUGGAUGGCGAAAUGAAUCCAUAUUACAAACUGACUGUGUUGGGUAAACCUGUGAAGCGUUUGGCCAAAGUUGACCAGUCGUUAGUGGAAUCACUGUUAAGGUGCCAAGAACCAGACGAUGAAUUCCAAACUGUUAAGGGAACUACUCUUUGUGCUGAUGACUUUUAUGAAGGCCAGGCGAGAUUAGAUGGCGCCUUCUGUGAGUACGAGGAAGAAGACAAGAUGAAGUUUCUACAAGAUCUGAAAGAGAAGGGAAUUCGUAAUAUAGAGAUGGAAUCCCUAGGCUUUCUUGCCAUGUGUCACUUUGCUGGAGUCAAAGGAGCUGUGGCGUGUGUAACACUGCUGGACAGAUUAAAGGAAGACACUCUCUCUUGUGACGUGUCCAUGUUAAAGAAAUGGCAGGAGAGACCACAGAUCUUAGUUCUCCGACACAUUAAGAAAAAAUUAAACAAACAUUAAUGACCCGGUGUAGCAUAAUAUUUUGAUACCGCGAUAUAUUGAACCCGGGUUCGAAAUAUCGCAUAAUAUUUUGAACCCGGGUUCACUUUUUCGCUGCGAUAUAUUGAACCCCCUUAUAAAAUAUUGAACCCCUACCUUUUUCAUUUAAGAGGUAGGGGGUUCAAAAUAUUAUGGCCAUAAUAUACUGAGUCCACCUGCACAUUUAAUUUUACAGGGAGGGGGGUUCAAAAUAUUAUGGCC